UUAUGCUCAUCACUAUAGCCUAAGAAGACAUGCUCAUCACUAUAGCCUAAGAAGACACACUCAACAGACUGAGCGGUUAGUUUGGUGCGUUCGCCAGGGGCAAGAAGAAUAUAGCAAACACAACCAAACAAACGAAGUGUCGAAUAAUCGGGAGAACGAUCAAAAAGACGCUCGAAAGGAACGCCACCUUGCAAAGCAGUGGACGGCUGAAGAUUGAUGAGAUAGGUGGAAGUGGAGACAACCUCAGUCCAAAAGUGAGGCGGGAAAGAGGCAACAAUCAUCAUUGCAUGAGCCGUCUCAAGAAGGUGACGAUGCUUGCGCUCAGCCACGCCAUUCUGAGCAUGAGCACCAGGACAAGAAAACUGAGCAAGGGUACCCUGCUCAGCAAGAAAUCCACGCAACAUCUUGGAGAUAUACUCUCCAGUAGAGUCAGCACGAAACACUCGAAUAGGCGAAGAGAACUGAGUGUGAACCAUGGCAGCAAAACGCUUAUAGAUAGAUAAGACCUCACUACGAGUAGACAUGAAAUAUCCACGUAUGUCGAGAGAAAUCAUCUAUAAAGAUAAUAUAGUAGCGAUGGCAUCCCUUCGAAGCGAAGGGAGCUGGACCCUAGACAUCAUAGUGAACAAGGUCAAAAGGACGCUGAGACACGGGCUCGCUAUGAGGAUUCGCUAGCUCCUGCCGCCAGCCUCCCCGAUCCGUCAACGCCUCCUGCCUGCCGGAUCACGUCGCCAGGCCGCCGUCGUCUCCUUGCUGGAUCCCGUUACCAGGCCGCCGUCUCCUUGCUGGAUCUCGUCGCCAGGCCGUCGUCUCCUUGCUGGAUCCCGUCGUCAGCCGCCGUCUCCUUGCUGGAUCCCGUCGCCAGCCGUCGUACACGCGAUUCUGCUAGCCUCCAUCCUUGCUCGAGCCUGCUGUAUCUCUAGAUCGGAUCGCCCCGCGCCGACCCAGUCAACUCGACCCUGCUGCACCUUAGAUCGGAUCGCCCCGCCUAUCUGCGCGCCCUCCCCGGACUUCCCUUGCAGCCGACACCCUCGCCGGCGGCUGCUGACCUCCGCUGCCAGUCUGUCCCUGUUGCUGGAUACGAGUCCCUCGAUCGCUCGUGGAUCUCGUGUGGUUCUGGUCGGGAGAGGAAACUGCUGCCUUUUUCCUAAAAAAAGAGUAAAAAAAGUGUCUACACCAGCGCGCAACGUCGUAGUCCCUUGCUUCCCGGUGACUCCUGACGGUUGUGCUAGUAGCUCUUCUGCUGCUCCUCCUGCGAGCUCCACAUAUGGUGAUUGUCGCUCUACACCGACUCCUCUCGCGACUUUCAUCAAUGCAUGUAGCUCUUCCCCGACACCAGCCUACGACUCCAUGGACAGCGCUUCGUCCACGCGUCUUCCCUUGGCGCUUGGUGCUUGUCUGCACAUGGCCUCGUCUUCUCCACCAGCCAUUGUCGACGAUACUGGUCAUGCUACACCGCCAUCUUUAGCGGCUUCCCCAGGUGGUGGUGGUCGUUUCUCUCCUCGUGCCACUACGCCGCCUACUUCAGCUGUGUACUUCAUCGAGGACGAGAUUGCGCGGCUUCGCGCCCUGCUGAUUGCCUCCGACUCUCUAUUUUCGGGUGCGUCUACAUCGACACCUUCAGUUGCGCCCUUGACUGAGCAGGAGAUUGGGCGAUUUCGAUGCUUGAUAGCUCCAUCUUCUGGUUCUUCAUCAACAGGGUCUGUUGGUUCUGCUACGGACUUUUCUGGCAUUGUGAGACCACCUUCUACACAAGCAGGGUCAUUCUUGACUUUAACUCAUGUUCAGUUCUGGACCGUCACACUGGUGCUCUUUUUGGUGCUGAUCCCCGGCACCGUGACUCUCAGGGUCUCUGGGAGCUUGACUGGCUUCACCUUCCAUCCACUGCCACCGCAGCCAGUCUCUCUCUGCUGCCUUGUCUACCAGCUCUUUUCAGCAGUGGCAUCAUCGCCUUGGUCACUUAUGUGGUUCUCGUCUCUCAUCCUUGGAUCCGUCUCUGGCGGUGUGUCUUUAGACUGUCAGGGUUGUCGGCUUGGUAAAUAGGUUGAUCGGGCAUGCUGCAGGAUCCAGCAAUGACUGGAUCGGGGAGAGGAGGAGCCUGUCCACACACCGCAGAAGGGCGGCGACGAGCGACGGCCACAGUGGAGAGCGGUGGCAUGGAGCGGAUCAAUAGCAUAAGUUGCAACGUGCAAAAAAAUUGACCUAGCUCUAUACCAUGUUAGGAAAUAUGCAACUUGUAUUUUCAGGAGGCCAUAGACCAGUAUAUAUACAUGUACAGGUGUGUAAUAUGCAAAAAACCCCUUAUACGGACUAAAUAUGAAAGGUAAAUUUGAAAGGUUACAUGGCUACAUAUAUAGUACUCUAACAUAUUGUACUAGCCUUUUCCAUUAAUUCGGACUUUUGGUUGCGUUGGCUAGUGCAUGAAGCUUAACACGAAGGACUACUAUUGAAAUUCGAACUAAAACGUGUUGACUUGUCUUUCCCGUCACACGUGAGAGGGGGUGUUACAGUAUAUGUGGAUUGUACUAGCCUUUUUCAUCAAUUCGGACUUCUGGUUGCGUUGGCUAGCUUAACACAAAGGUCCGAAUUGAUGGAACUAAAAAGUGUUGUUAAAUAUGUAAAUAACCUGAAACGAAGCAUCAAUGAAGUAGAAUCUGUUUGUUAUCUGUUACCAGCCUGAUCAGAUAAAGCCUCAACUACUGAUUUGUGGGGAGGCCUGACAUUCAACCAUUUGUAAUCUAAGAGUAACUGUGUUGUGGGGCCUUUUCAAAGUGCAUUUUUUUAGUCCUAAAAUUGUAUUAUUAUUUUGAUCUGGUGCCCGAUGCUUGAUGCUUCAGCCCAGCUAUUGUAUGUUCUUUAUCAAAGAAAUAGACUUAUUUUGAUGUUCAUCACAAUAAGGUAAUAAUUAGUUCAAAGUUGCUGAGUCUUUGGUUGAAUAAUAAAGUCACCCCAUGUUAUAUCUCAGUUGCUCCAUGAAACUAUUUUCUAACUUGAACUUAUACUGUUUCAGAUAAUAAAUGUGUACAAUCAAGAAUAUGAGAGUGCAGCUGCAUUUUGGCCAAG